AGGGGGCGGGUCGGAGGCCCCUGGGGUCCCGGGGCUCCGGCCGGCCUGGCGCUCCGGACGGUUACCGGGCAGGGGUGCGGCGGCGCUUUUGGCGCGGAAGUGCCAGGGAGCCGCGGGCCGGGGUCGCGCACCUCCCCCUGCGACGGGCUCCGGUCGGGCCUGAGAGGUGGCCCGGGUCAACUGGGGUGCAGUCAUGCAGGAAAACCUCAGAUUUGCUUCAUCGGGAGAUGAUGUUAAAAUAUGGGAUGCUUCAUCUAUGACAUUGGUGGAUAAGUUCAACCCACACACAUCACCACAUGGAAUCAGCUCAGUGUGUUGGAGCAGCAAUAAUAACUUUCUAGUGACAGCAUCUUCCAGUGGUGACAAAAUAGUUGUUUCAAGUUGCAAAUGUAAACCUGUUCCACUUUUAGAGCUUGGUGAAGGGCAAAAGCAGACAUGUGUCAGUUUAAAUUCAACAUCAAUGUAUUUGGUAAGCGGAGGCCUAAAUAACACUGUUAAUAUUUGGGAUUUAAAAUCAAAAAGAGUUCAUCGAUCUCUUAAGGAUCAUAAAGAUGAAGUAACUUGUGUAACAUAUAAUUGGAAUGACUGCUACAUUGCUUCUGGAUCUCUCAGUGGUGAAAUUAUUUUGCACAGUGUAACCACUAAUUUAUCUAGUACUCCUUUUGGCCAUGGUAGUAACCAGUCUGUUCGGCACUUGAAGUAUUCCUUGUUUAAGAAGUCGCUACUGGGCAGUGUUUCGGAUAAUGGAAUAGUAACUCUCUGGGAUGUGAAUAGUCAGAGUCCAUACCAUAACUUUGACAGUACACAUAAAGCUCCAGGUUCAGGCAUCUGUUUUUCUCCUGUCAAUGAAUUGCUAUUUGUAACUAUAGGCUUGGAUAAAAGAAUCAUUCUCUAUGACACUUCAAGUAAGAAGCUAGUGAAAACUUUAGUGGCUGACGCUCCUCUAACUGCAGUAGAUUUCAUGCCUGAUGGAGCCACUUUGGCUAUUGGAGCUUCCCGUGGGAAAAUAUAUCAAUAUGAUUUAAGGAUGUUGAAAUCACCAGUUAAAACCAUCAGUGCACAUAAGACAUCUGUGCAAUGUAUAGCAUUUCAGUACUCCACUGUCCUUUCUAAGUCAGGUUUAAAUAAAGGCUGUUCAAAUAAGCCCACAGCUGUGAACAAACGUACUGUUAACGUGAGCACUGCUAGUGGAGGAGUCCAGAAUUCUGGAGUUGUCAGAGAAGCAGCUACCACUUCCAUUGCCACAGUUCUGCCACAGGCCACGACAGCAGUUGUGGGGAAAGGAACAGUUGCUCUUCAAGACAAAGCAGGUCUGCCUCGAAGCAUAAACACAGAUAUUUUAUCUAAGGAAACAGAGAGUGGGAAAACCCAGGAUUUCUCCAGCUUUGAUGAUACUGGAAAAAGUAGUUUAGGUGACAUGUUCUCACCUAUCCGAGAUGAUGCUGUAGUUAACAAAGGAAGUGAUGAGUCCGUAGGAAAAGGAGAUGGCCUUGACUUUCUACCACAGUUGAACUCAGUGUUUCCUCAAAGAAAAAAUCCAGUAGCUUCAAGCACUUCAGUGUUGCAUUCUAGUCCUCUUAAUGUCUUUAUGGGGUCUCCAGGGAAAGAAGAAAAUGAAAAUCAUGAUCUGACAGCUGAAUCUAAGAAAAUGUAUCUGGGAAAACAGGAACCUAAAGACUCCUUCAAGCAGUUUGCAAAGUUGAUCUCUGGUGCUGAAACUGGAAAUCUAAAUACCUCUCCAUCAUCCAACCAAACAAGAAGUCCUGAGAAAUUUGAAAAGCCAGAAAAAGAAAUUGAAGGCCAGUUUAUAUAUGAACUUCCAGUCAAUGGAUCCUCAACUCCAAAUCCAAAGAUAGCAUCUUCUGUCACUGCUGGAGUUGCCAGUUCACUAUCAGAAAAAAUAGCUGAUACCAUUGGAAAUAAUCGGCCAAAUGCACCAUUGACAUCUGUUCAAAUCCGUUUUAUUCAGAACAUGAUACAGGAAACAUUGGAUGACUUUAGGUACCCCCUUUCCAGAAUCUUGGACCUUGCAGUGCUGGGUGCCUUGGGAGUUCUGAAUUCUAAUACUCCCCAACCAAGUGAGACUGUCUCAAACUCCAGGCCACUGCUCUCAUCUCAGCCUCUUUUUCUCAUAAUAUGGAAUCAGCACAUCCCGCAGAGGGAAAAGCAGAGAGAAGCAUGCCAUAAGGAUAUUGUGAAUUUGCAGGUGGAGAUGAUUAAACAGUUUCAUAUGCAAUUGAAUGAAAUGCACUCUUUGUUGGAAAGAUACUCGGUGAAUGAAGGUUUAGUGGCAGAAAUUGAAAGACUACGAGAAGAAAACAAAAGACUACGGGCACACUUUUGAAAUUUCAGUGAAUACUUUAAUGUUUUGUAAUUUGGGAAGCUUCUGGCAACACAGAGCUAUAUAGAUUCAGUAUUGUUUUCAUGGCCUCUGGGAAAAUUUUUUUUCAAGUAAAAGGGUGAUGGGAUUGUAUACCAACCACUAUUUCAUCUUUUCUGUCAAAAAUAUUUAUAUUUUUGUAUUAAAAACUGUACACUGUGUCAUCUGCCUAAGAGGAAAGCCAAUAGAAUCUUUAUUUUCUGAAAGCUUUAGCUAUACACUAAGUGCCCUUUUUCAUAAGAAAAGAAAAUUGUGCAGGAAAAAAAAUAGAUUAUGUAUGUUUUUUAAUAACCUCUUUUAAACAUAAUAUUUUUGGUUGACAGUUGCCUUCCAAAUUUUUUUGGAUGUUUGAUGAUUAAAGAGUUUGAGAUACCUUCUAUUUUUAUGGAGAAAGUAAUUUUAAUUGGUGUUUUGGGUUUCUAAGCAGUUGACUAAUAAAACACAAGGUUGAUUAAUAAUUUUUUUGUUAACUUGAUGAAGUCAAGUAUGACUAUUAUUUAUUGUACAUUUGAUAAGAAAAUUUUCAGAAUUUUGAAUUGCACAGAUUACAUUAUAUCUAUUGCAUUUAUGUUACUGUAUUAUACUUCUAACAAAUCUCUACUCCUGGUCAGUAUUUUUUAGCUAAUUUCACUUUAUGAAAACUUUUAAGGGUUUAUAAGACUCAACCAGAACUGCAUAUCUGCUGAUUAUCUCAUGAAUUAAUAACAUACAAAAUUAUACUAUAAAGUUUCAAUCAAUAUAAUUCAACUUAUAAACAGUGAAAAUUUCAUAUUACAUACUAAAUAUUACAGUAUUAGCGCCAUUUUUUUUCUCCCAAAUGAGGUGUGGUUUAUUUUGUUUUGUGGUUUAUAUCAUUAACUUUCUCUAAUUCUUUGUGUGUUGUGUGUAAUAUUUUAUACUAUUGACCUUACUAUAAAAUAAAUAAAAUUAAAAAAAACAACAGGAAGGUUAAUUGUCAAAAGAAUUUACACCUCUUUGAUAAUAUGUAGAUGUGUACAUCUGCCUGCUCUGAUCUACAUUUUUAGUGAUAUAAGAUUAGGAGGGCCACUGGCUUGUUUACCUUCUUAUAGUCUUUUGUCCCAAAGAUUUAAACUAUGUACCUUGUAUAUAGCACUCCUGCCCAAUUUUGACUUCUGAGAUGAAAGUAUUUACUAAAAGAACUCUAUUAAAAAAAAAAGAAGAAAUGUAGCUAGCUUACUAACUUUUUUCCCCUAAGUGAUGAGCGAUUUUAAGGAUAUAUUAAAUAAGUGUAAACAUACUAAUAAUUACUUCAAGAAAUAAAAGCAGAUUACUUUGUCCUAGUGCGGCUCAGAGAAUACAUUUGUAUUAAAGCUUUAGGAGUGCUUCUAUAAUCUUUUUUCCUGACAGGUUAUAAAAGCAUUAUGGCUUGUAACAGGUUUUCUUAUACAUCAUUAUCAAACAGAUUUAGAAGACAUAAAAGUGUGUUUUGCUACAUGCUGUAUUUAAAUCGGUUAAUAUUUUCCUAUUGCCUUUUUCUAUAAAUGCACAUAAUGUGUAUUAAAAGAGGUUGGAUAAAUAAAAUAAUUUUAGUAACUUUAUGCAUAAAGAUGAAACUUUUUUUUGUCAUGGAAUUUAAAAGCUAAAUAAGCACGAAAAAUUUUAAAUGGUAAAAAUGGGAAACUUGCAAUUGAAUUUUAGCCUCUGGCCAAGAUAGCAUAAUAGAGAUUGGAUUUAUACAACUGAAUUUUAAAAAGACCCAAAAUAUUUGAAAUAAUUUUCAAAUACUGAAUUUUUGAAAAUAAAAAACUCAACUUAGAUUCUGUACCUAGUGAGAAUACCUUUUGAAAAUGAAAUAAAACUUUUUCAAACCUAGAAAGGCUGAAAGAAUUUAUCACAAGAAGACUUUUGCCCUACAGGAAAUGUUAAAGGUACUGGAUAGAAAUCUUCUAUGCAAAGGAAUAAAGAGCAACAAAAAUGGUAAAUAUGUGUACAAA